UCGAUUUAAGGAAUCGCAAUUUUUAAAUAGGGUGCAAAGUUUGUUAAAUGUUUCUCAAGGUUUUGUUGUAAAUCGUACCGUUAUUUCAUGUUUGACUCGUCUUUUUAUAUGAAUGCAAUAUUUGUAAUUGAUUUUUAUAUACACAAGUCCAAUUCUUUUGUUUCUUGAAGCCAUCAGAAGAAGCGUGAGGUACAAAUUUGACCUGUUUUCUGAAAUGAAAAUUCCUUUAAUGUCCAUGUUCAUAAUCAAGUAGUGAUUUUUGGGUUGAAGUUAUGGCCAAUCUGCGUAGACAUUUCAAUUUUAGUACAAAACCAUCUGUUCAUCAAGAUCGUGAAAUGCCAUUUCCUGUUUCUGCCUCCACGAAACCAUCUUUUCAACAGUUUGAUACUCAUAGCCUCAUGAAUGAUAUAUGUAACUGUUUAGACCUGUGCUGCUCCUACAUUCAGGCAUUAAAUUCUCUAUGUGGAGCAGGAUCUUUGUUAGCAAGAAAUCUUUUUCAUGCUGUCCAAGAUGUGCCUGCAUAUCGCGGUAUUUCACAACAGUUUCUUUCUGUUUGGGAAGAAGUAAGUAAAGCUACAGCUGGUGCAAGUGCUGCCGUUAAAACAGAAACAUUGAUGAUGUUACAAGAAAUCUUGAAUACCUUAGAAAUGAGAUCUGGGGAAGCAGAUUUAGAUGAUACUAUAGCAGAGAGUUUUCAGGUUAUUGGGACUUGUCUGUGCUCUUUUAUAGAACUUCAAGCACAGUUUUCAUGGAGUACUUGGAAAUCAUUAUCUAAAUUAUCCAAGAAUUUCAACAGCGAUUCCUUUCGACAUAGUCUACAGUGGAGAUCUCCUGACAGAAAUCCUUCUAAAAUCUCUAUCAAUGCAAAUUUAAAUGCAAAUAUAAAAAAACAUUUUUCCCAGCUGUUUUGCAAAGUUGGAGUAUCAAAAGUAAGUGAUUCGGAUAAUACACAAAGUCAUUUUUAUACUUCACCUGUGCCAACUGCUGGGGAUAUGCCAUUUUAUUCACAUUUUGGUUCUCAAAAUAUACCUGGCAAUUCAGAUAAAGUUUCGACAUGGUCUCCAACUCCUGCUGUGUGGUCAUCAACAGACUGUACUGAAUCUAAAUUUGUUACACCUGUGCAAACAUCAGAGCAAGACUACCAGAAUUCAGUAUCCACAAAUACGGGUUUGGAUGAAGUAAUUAAUCUUUUAUCCUGUGUUCCUGUGCAACAAUCAAGUAACAAGUUGAAUAGUUCAGACCAAAAUUAUUUUUCUUAUGCUCCUACUGAACAAAUGUAUCGUUUAAUACCAAAAGGCUCCACUUCAGUUUCUAGAAAUUUUAAUGCAAAUCAUUCAUGGUCCAAAGGACCUAGAGACAUUGCUUUAGGAUAUGAUUCAUGGAUUUGGAGAGUAGAUAACAUGAAUUGCUUUGGUUUACCAUCAAGUUCUGAUGUCGUGAAGAAGCCUUUGGAAGGGAACAAUAAACUUCUUGCUCAGUGGGAAAAUAAAGAACUUCAAAAAUGGAACUCUGCAGUUUGUGAAACAGGAAGUUCCAGUGAUGAAGGGUCAUCUGUCCAUGGACCAGAAACUGAGUCCUCUAGUAUGAACAGAUCAUUUAACAGAAAUAUACUGACCUCAUUAUCAAGCAGGUGGCACAAUAAUGGUGAAAGCAUGCCAGGUGGAUUGGAAAGUGUAUCAGAAUCCAAAGAUGAAUAUUUAUGGGAGGUGCGAUCGAAAAUAAGUACAUGGCCAUUGAAACAAUCAGGUUUAAGAAAUUCUGAAAAUGAAUGUCAGGAAAAUGAAGCUUGUUCAGAAUAUUCUGAUUUAUAUUUCUCACAAUCUUGAUCUGUUACUGUAACGUUUGUGUGAAAAUGAAACUGAUACUUCGUGCAAUUUCCAAAAUAAUCUUCGAGUGGACACUUCACUAGUAGAAGUAUUACCUAAAACCUGGAAAAGAAUACGAGUCAAUAUUCUGGAGUCUUAAACAUGUUUUUUUCUCAACUGGAUAAAUCAUUCGAGUCAUGCACUGGGUGGCCAGCUGUAACCAGGACAAAGAAUAUAUAUUGUUAAGAAAGAAAGCUUCGCAGCAGUAGGAGUGGCUCCCUCCGAACGAAAAGGGACACAACUGCGCAUGCGUGAAAUAUCUGUCGCCGAAAAGCGCCAAAGCUCGAAGCUGAUGUCGAAGUUCGAACAGGUCCGAUGGUCAUGUUUAUCAAGAGU